AAGAACACGGCCUUCUUUCCCAACUGCUACUGGCUCUGGCAGAAGCGAAAAUGAGAUUCUCAGGCGCAAGGGUCGCGCCGCCGGAUCCGGACGCCGGUCCUCGGCCCCCAGUCCCGCUCGCGUCCGGCAGCAGCGCUCGUGCCCGCGCCGCUCAGUUCCCGGCGCCGGGCUCUGCGGGACGCCUUAAAGGCGCGGCGCGGCGGCCUGCGUCAGCCGACAGAAAAGCCGGCUCCGCUCGCGCCGGCCCCUCGCGCGACUCCGCGGCUGUCCGGUCCGGUCUACCGCCCACCCCUCACGAGAACCCUCAGCUGCUCGGCUCCGCCGCUCCGAGCGUUCAACCCGGAGGGGCAAGUGAGGGUCUCGCACACCCCGACCUCCGCAACCUGCCUUCGAGCACCCAAGAGCUCCGGCCAGAGCGCCAGCGCCUACUGCGUUCGCGCGCCGCGCCAAGAGCCGAGCGCAGAGCCGGCCGCUCCGCCCCGCGCCGCGCCCACCUGCUGUGUGCCCGGUGCUGCCGGCACGCGCCGUCAAAGUGA